AUGAUGCUCGACUCAGUAUUCGGCCACGGAUUCACCAACUCCUCUAUCUGGACGCCGGAGCCUUCACGCCGCGGUACCUUUGGCAUUCUCUCCACAUGUCUCCUUGCUCUCGGUCUCUGCGUCUGGACAGCUUUACACCUGAACCUUCCUGAAAAAGACGAAAGCCGGGCGAGAAGGUAUUUGCGGAAGUUGAGUUGGAUGUCGCUGGGCAUCCUCACUCCUGAAUUGAUCGCAUUUACCGCAUUUCAGCAAUAUAUGGCAGCCAAAAGCCUCACCAAGGAUAUGAACGCUUUGCUUGCCAAUCCUACCCGCUUCGUGCCACCCAUUGGUUUAGAAGGCAGCAACCCUUCUCCAGCUGAUCAGGAGAUUGAGCUAACGAAUUUGGACAUCGAGGUGAGUGCAUGA